UCCUGUUUGGCCAGAGGAUCUCUGCAACAGAGGGGAUGGGGGAGGCCAGCCCCAUUGCCAAGGAACCCACUCAGGGUCCUCCAGGCGCCCUGUACCAGACCCAGUGGGAGGAGAGGUUGGUGGACAGCGAGGACGAGGAGGAGAAGCACUUCUGCAUGCUAAUGGAGAGCUUGGGAGCCAGCAAUGUCUUUGAGGACCCUGGUGAGGUGCGUAGUCUUUGGGCACAGCUGAGGAGGGACGAGCCGCACCUCCUGUACAACUUUGAGGAGUUCCUGGCCAGAGUAAUUUUACAGAUCACAGGGGCCAACCAGGAGAGGAUGGAGAUGGAGAGCGCCCUUAAAAGAAAAUCAGCAACACAUGACGAUGAGAUCCAUCGCUUAUAUGAAGAAAUGGAACAGCAAAUCAAAAAUGAGAAGGACAGGAUCUUACUGCAGGACUCUGAGCGCUUCCUGUCUAGGAGUCAGGAUCUGGAGGAUCAGCUGUCCAGUAAGGAAAGGGAGCUGAAUCAGAUCUUCCAGAAACAGAGGAGGUGGGAGCAUCAGUGCCGGGAGCUGCACAGCGAGCAGCACGUGACCAAGGUGGAGAACGUGGCGCUGAAGCAGACCAAUGAGGAGCUGGCCCAGGAGCUGGAGCACACCAGUCAGGAGCUGAGCCUUGCCCAGGAGCAGCUGGUCCUCCUGCAGGAGCAGUCCUCACACCUGAACCAGGAGAGGGAGAUGGAGAUGUACCGGGUCACAGAGGGAUUGCAGAGGGAGCAAGCGAGCCUGCUGAAACAACUUGACCUGCUGAGGGAAAUGAACAAGCACUUACGAGAUGAGCGAGACAUGUGCUCUUAUCAAAAACUGAGGAAUACUGUUAAAAAUCCUGCUUGCAACCCGAGGCCUGGAUCAAAAACUCUGAAUCCCUUUGACAGAAAGGCCUUUAGUGAGGAUGAGGAGGUAGUGCUCCCCCACUCUAAGAGGAAGAGUCCGGGUGGAGUGAAUGGCUACAGCCUGGAGGACGUGGUGGAUUCCAGACCCCUCCAGAGGAUCAUCUCCAUAGAGGAGGACCACCUACCCCAGCUCCUUCAGGAUAACUACCAGACUCAGCUCUGGGAGUGGCAUGAGGAGGCCGAGGAGGAAGAGCACAUAGAGCUACAGAUGACCUCUAUAAAUCCUCCCAGUUCUCCAACGAUGGAGCAGCAGCCAGUUGACACCAGAGAGACAGAGAUGCCUACAUCUCCCAGGGGCCAGCCUGUCGGAAAGGAGACUAUGGGGAAUGAGGAGGUUGCAGCGUUGGCCCCAGACCGCCUGUUUAAGAUCGUCCUGGUGGGCAACUCCAGUGUGGGGAAGACCUCCCUCCUCAGGCGGUUCUGUGAUGACUGCUUUUACCCAGGCACCUCUGCCACCGUCGGCAUAGACUACAGUGUGAAGACAAUACGGGUGGACAACAGCCAGGUGGCGCUGCAGAUGUGGGAUACAGCAGGACAGGAGAGGUAUCGCAGCAUCACCAAGCAGUUCUUCCGCAAGGCUGACGGUGUGAUAGUCAUGUAUGACAUCACUGCUGAGCAGAGUUUUACCGCAGUGAGGCAGUGGCUGACCAGUGUACAGGAGGGGGCUGGCGAGGACAUUCCCAUCAUGCUGCUGGGGAACAAAAUGGACAGGGGGAGUGAGCGGAAGGUUCAGACGAGAGUGGGUGAAAAAUUAGCCAAGGACUGCCAGUUGAUUUUCUACGAGUGCAGUGCUUGUUCCGGACAAAACGUGGUAGACUCAAUGGUAAAUUUGGCAAGAAUUCUGAAAGAGCAGGAGGACAGAGAGAAAGAGAAAACGAUCCAUCUGGUGAACAGCCCUUCACAGAAGAAGAGGUCCUGCUGCUAGCAACAAAAUGGCUAUUAGUUACUGUCUUCACAACACCAUAGUGUACCUGUUCAGAUGUUCACUGUACAUUUUAACCUCCGGUCCUUAGGAACUCAAGGAUCUAUAGCACAAUGCAGUUGAUGUCGGAAGUUCACAUACACCUUAGCCAAAUACAUUUAAACUCAGUUUUUCACAAUCCCUGACA